GUGGAGAAUGACAGAUCAUACAGGCUGGGGAACUCCUGCUGCAGGCUGCUGAUGUACAGACCCCCUGGCUGAGCAGUGCCAGGGGUCUCCUGGGGCAAGGGGCAGCACCUCUGGUUUGCCUGACGCUCGCUUUUCCUGCGCCCGCUUCAUGACCUCCGCAGUUGGACAGGCCAAUCCCGGUUUUCGCCACCCUGUUGCCCGCAUGACUGGGAGUCAGACUCUAUUGCCGUACUUCACGGUCCAAUUCAGCAAGAUGGGUUCGUUCCGACGUCCUCGGCCUCGGUUCAUGAGUUCUCCAGCGCUGAGCGACUUGCCGCGUUUCUACGCCAGUAGACAAGCCAUACAGCUCAACUCCAGCGCAAUGUGGAACAGUGUGCAGAGCGCAGUCAUCAACGUGUUCAAAGGAGGAGGCCUGCAAGACAACGAACUCUACUCCCUAAAUGAGAGCGUCAGACAUUUGCUGAAAAGUGAACUUGGAUCAUUUAUCACAGAUUACUUUCAAAACCAGCUGCUGUCAAAGGGAUUGGCCUUCAUGGAAGAGAAAGUCAAGCUGUACGAAGGUGAGAACCGCGUCAUGAUUCUGUCCGAAUUGUGGGACCAUUUCUUCACCGAAAUCCUGCCGACACUCCAGGCUAUAUUUUACCCUGUCCAGGGCCAGGAACUUACGAUUCGUCAGAUCGCUCUGCUCGGCUUCAGGGACUUGGUGGUGUUGAAGGUUCACCUGGAGAACACGCUCCCCUUGUUGCAGUCACAGAUCCCACCACCCAUCCUGCAAAUGUUGCUGGUCCUUCAGGGUAUUCAUGAGCCUUUGGGUCCCAGUGAAGGUUAUCUGAAGCUGGAGGUGUUGGUAAAAAUGGUGGUGAGACCGUACCUGGCCACAUACGGCGACCGGACCUACAGCCACGGCACUGUAUCCUGCCUACUUGAACAUCGGUUCCCGAAAUGCCACAUAAGGUCAGACUCGCUCAACUACGCAUCACACGUUGGCGGCUCGCUUGCCGUAGAGCGCUCCUUGUCUCCGCUCACGGAGCAGGAAGGAGAGGCUUACCUGGAAAGGUGCGGCAGCAUCAGGAGACACACCGUGGCCAACGUACACACGGACAUCCAGUAUCUGGCCAUGACCUCCAUCAUGCACCCAAGAUCCGAGGAAGCCGAGCUUUCGGACCAGUGUCUGCUGCUCCAGCCCAGCUUUACCCAGCGACAGUUCAGCAGCGAGCCAAACAUUGCAGACAGUCCUACAGAGCUGCUGACUGGUUCCCCGCCCGGGAGAUUAGAACGCAACUGCCCGUCACCCAGCUGACUGACAGCCCCACAGGGAGAACGGACAUAACUCUCUGAGCAAUAACAGAGAUAUAGAUCCCUAGGACGGGAUGUAAGAGGCCGCCAACAGAUUCAAAGCAUCAAGUUGGCCCAGUGGUCUUCGGGACCAUGUUGCAGUGUAUGGGAAGUUAUUCUUCUACACCCGGCAAGAUGUCGAAAUGCAACGCAAAAAGCAACUGAUCAAAAGGAAUGGAGAGAAGCGGUACUGUACUUUGCUAGUUUCAAAUAGGGUCUAUUUUUUUAAGGAUAUUAUUCAAACGGUACCUCCCCCCGGCCCUGGUACCGGUAGCCACGUCGCAACAGGGCAAGGCUGGCACGCAGUGACUGGAAUGGGGUUUGGGCUGACAGUCCACACUUACCCCUCUUUUGCAGAAAUUUCUGCUGCUUCCUAUGCAAAACUUGAAAAGUUAUUUUUUAUUGUUCAUAUGUCGCGGAUGUUGCGAGUCCGGGACGGUACAGCGGAGAGAGUGAAGACAGAAUUAUUAAUUAUAUUUAUUUGAAAAUGCAAACUUGUAUUUUUUUUUAGCACUUUGUAUUUUGUGUUUCAAAAUGGCUGCUGUGUGGUGUACUGUGCGUUUGGCGCCCAGGCAUAUCUGCCUCAUGGACAGCGGAGGGAAGGGCGAUACCGAGCGGAUUGCAAAGGAAAUCUAAUUAGUUGUCAUAUACCUUCUUCAAUGUAUAGGGAAUCGGUGGGGUCACUUUGUACUCUUCCUGACCUUCCAGCAUGGCUCGCCCAGUACAAAAUCAUGCUCGCCCCACAAAUUGCCUCAUAGUUCCCUUUUAUGAUCACUGGAACAGAGUUAAUCGUUAAUGUUGAUAUCCUAUUUACAUACUUUCCAACCAUCCGGUGAUAGCAUUGUGGAAAUAAUAGGAUUCUGCACUGUGCAACCUGUGGGAGGGUCACCUGUUGCCCGGACAGGGUUCCUGCAAUAAGAAAUCUCCUAAAUGCAGACCAGUGAUCUCUUCCACCCUCAGGUGUUGUCUAUGUACAGGUCCCAGCCACUGGUGCUUAGUGAUAGUGUCGGGAGCCAUACAUCUGCAAGGGGAGACAAAAAAAUAAUCCCUAAACAUUAAAAUAAAUGCCCCAAAAAGUAGAUAAAAGCCCCCCGCUAACACUGUAUGCUCAUGUGCUGACGUCACACUGUUCAUUGCUUUCCUGGGACCUACAUUUUAUUUAUUUUAUUGUAUUUGUACAUUUCAGAUCUAUACAUUAAAUAUAUUCUUUUAGGGUUUUAUUUUAGUUUCUAUGAUGAGACCAUUGCCGACGUGGUGCGUCAACGAUUCAAUAAAGUCACCAUUAUUUGA